AUGUUCGCCGGGCCGCCGGGAGGCCUCCCGCCACCUGGAGAGGAGCAGCCCGGAGGUUCGUGCGCGGGCUUCCAGCUCCCGGCCACCGAACGCCGCGCCGGCGGGUCCACGGCCGCGCGCCAGUUCCGCUUCCCCGCGGGGCCCGGCCAGCGUCUACGGGCCGCAGGGGAGCCCGCCGGGAGGGGCGGCGGACGGGAGGCCCUCUGCCGGGGCGGCGUGACCUUCCCGGGCACCCGGGGAUCGGGCCACGUCGGCGCUUCUCCCCGUCCACACGUGUCCCCUACCCGCGGGCGCGCCCCUUCGGGGUCCCCGUCUACCUCCCGCCCGGGUCUCGUCUUCCUCCCUCCCGGGUCCUGGCCUUGUUCCCGCCGGGUCCGGAGCCCUCCGCCUCCCGGAGUGCCAUGUGGGCUCCGCGCCGGGACCGAGCGCGGGGAGGCGGCGGCGCGGAUGAAUGGAGACGCCUGGCCGCCGGCAGAGGGCUCGGGCCUGAGCGUUCAGAGCGGGGGACCCGGGGUUGGAGUCGCCUCUCGAAUAACCCUAUCGGGUCCGGGCCACCGAGGCAGCCGGCGCUGGCACUCGGCCUUCCUGCAGCGCCAGCUCUGCUCGUGUCGCCGGGUGGAAAAUGUGGCCUCAUCUGCUGCUCCCACCUGA